CUAUUUACUUGAUUUAAUAAAAUUUUAUUGUCUAUAAAAAACUACCAUUUUUUUCUCUUUAACUUGGGGUUAGGGGUUGGGUUGCCGUAGCUUUUAUGUCAAUAAAGGUUCAAUGGUUCGUGGGUCUUGUCAGUAUGUACUGGGAAAUGGAUGGUUUACCCUUUGGGUUGCUGCAGGUAAUGUUCUUCUGCUUAGGAAUAACUUGAAUUUGAGUCCGGAAACAGUCGAAGUCUCACAGGAGAAAUUGCUUGCACUGGUUGCUGAAAGACUAAUUGAUUCCAACAGUAAUCUCAAUAAUAAGGAUGCAGGCUAUGUUGAAAAUCAACAACAGAACAUUUCUGAUGCAAUCGAUCUGCUUCCUCGACUUGCAACUGGCAUUGAUGUAAAUAUAAAAUUCAGGAGGAUGGAUGAUUUUGAGUUUACUCCAGAGUGUGCCAUUUUUGAUCUACUGGACAUUCCAUUGUAUCAUGGUUGGAUAGUUGAUCCACAGGACACUGGUACUGCUACUGCCAUUGGGUCAAAGUCAUACAAUGCUUUAACGGGAGAGCUUGUGGCCCUUGAAACACAAAAUAUGGAGGGGCUAUCACAAAAAGGUGAGCUUAUCCGGAAUUUUUUGAAAAACAAUGCUAGCCAGUUGACCAUUAAGGGCCUUUUCUGCUUACGAGAUGGUCUUAAAGAGCGUGAACUUUGUGUAUUUUUUCGUAAUAAUCACUUCAGCACCAUGUUUAAGUUUGAUGGUGAACUUUAUCUUCUAGCUACAGACCAAGGUUACAUAAAUCAGCCUGAUUUGGUGUGGGAAAAAUUAAAUGAGGUCAAUGGGGAUACUCUGUUCAUGACGGGUAACUUUAAGGAGUUCGGAGCAGAAAGUCGUGCAAAUGACACAUUGGAUGGAAAGUAUCCUAAUUAUGAGCAGUCUGGCAGUUCUGAUCUACAAUUGGCAACUGCUCUGCAAGAACAGGAGUUUGAAGAACAGCCUCAGCGUCCCAAUUCACAGCAGUCUGGCAGUUCUGAUCUACAAUUGGCAACUGCUCUGCAAGAACAGGAGUUUGAAGAACAGCCUCAGCGUCCCAAUUCACAGCAGUCUGGCAGUUCUGAUCUACAAUUGGCAACUGCUCUGCAACAACAGGAGUUUGAAGAACAGCCUCAGCGUCCCAAUUCACAGCAGUCUGGCAGUUCUGAUCUACAAUUGGCAACUGCUCUGCAACAACUGGAGUUUGAACAACAGCCUCAGCGUCCUAAUUCACAGUAGUCAUCCAUCAGUGGAAACUCUCAACACACACUUCAAUACUUGUAAACUCUGCAAGGAGCCUACUGGAAAUAUACUUGUAAACUCUGAGUAGAGUGAUACUUUGUAACUCACAAUGUGUGAUUGUAACCUCUUCUGGAAUAAAAAUCUUGUAGUUCUGUGAACGUAACUACGUUAUCAAAAUACAUUAAUUUUGUAU